AUGGUUUUCCCAAGUUGCUUGGUUUGGUUGGUUCGGUUUGGCUUUUUCCAAACAAAAACCAACCAAACCCCACGAAACCGGCCACCUCCAGCCCUCCCUCGUCGGACCGGACACUCGGCCCCCAAGGAAUCCGUGGAGUGGAUCGACCUGGGCGGUGCUGAGGCCUUGCUGCGCGGCUGGCACCAGGGCCCGCGCCUGGCGCAGGCGCGCGCCGGGUGCGCGGCAUGCUUCGGGCCGGAUGGAUGCGUCUGGGUCCUGGGCGGUGGCUCCGACGAGUCCGCCAGCCUGGAUACCGUGGAACGCUUGGAUCCUCGGGAAGGUCGCUGGCAAGAGGCGCCUUUGAUGCCUGGUCGACGGCGCUGCUUCGCUGCCAGCUUCGGAAUCGAUCGUAAGCUCUACAUCUACGGUGGCUGGAACCGGGAACGCUGGCACGAAGAUAGUGCUGCGCGCUUGGACCUCCGAAAUCUUUGUUGGAAGCCUCAGUGA